AAUACUGUACAAAGAGGACUAUAAAGACUAUAAACAAGAGUAUAUAUAAACACAGUGCAGUGCAAAAACAGUAUAUGCAGGUGUCUCAACAACGAUAGAAGACCAGCAUUGUAUUUUGCAUCACUGGUGAUAAAUCAAGAAUAAUCAAGAUGUUUGAUGCAUUUAAUACCUUAAUGAUGAUCAGACAUACAAAUAGAUAUGUCGGUUAGUAUCUUUCAUGAUUGUUUAUUAUGUGCAGCAUAAUAGAGACCAGACUAUGACUAUGCUUCUACUGUACAUUUUUUUUUACUUAUAAACACAGAUAUUUCUGCAGAUUGCAGUUAAAUAUCCACUCCAGUUAAAUGCUUAAACAUCUGCUUUAUCACUUCAUAAACAUGCAAACAAUAGACCUUAUCUAUUUGGAAUAACAUUAUAUUUAUUAAGAGUAAUGACACUGUAUGUAAAUCAUGUUGCAAUACUAAAUAAUAUUUCAUCAUAUAUCAUCAUGUGGCAUACUGCAGUAACAUUUAGGCUACUAGUGUGAUUCUGUUUAGAUACCCAGCUAUUUAUAUAUAAGUUCCUUAUUUUUUUAUAGAAGUUUCUGUUUGUUCCAAGAAAACAUGUGAGUUAUUGGACAAUAUGUCCAAGAAUCAGCACUACAAGAGUUGUGUGUUUACUAAGAUAAAUCCUUAGUGGUCACCACUGAUGAUUUAAUGUCAGUUAAAAAGGUACAGUUAUUUCAACAAUCUGCUAACUCAUAUCCAGUUAUCUCCUUACUUUAAAGAUAAUAAUCAGCAUUUCUAACAUUAGAUCUCAAAGUUGUGAGAAGUUCUGAGAACUGAAUUUUAUACCUAAAAGUUGCACCUGCAAAGCACCAAGUUCUUUUAUUCCAUUCAAAAUGGUAUUGAAUAUUCAAUUCAUUGCAUUAUUGGCGUUAUUCUGGUCAAAGUUGUGGUGAGUUUGGGGCUUAGCCUAGAAAAGCUGGGCAUACGGUACAUAAGUGGCCACAACACCACAGGGCAUAGUAUGGUUUUGGGAUGUGGAAUGAAAUCUUUGCAUGAUUUUCUCCCAUUUGUCAUUACCCUUUCCAAACCCUGCUGGUUCAGUCUACAUCCAUACUUUAUCUUAAGCAGCCUUUGGAACUGCUGCUUAUGCCUGGCCACAUGGAACUUACUCUGAGAACAGAACAAUCUAAAAAUGUUCUUGCUGUGACAUGAUUAGAUUUCAAAUUCCCAAUUUCUUGACAACUGGUUAAGCGUUGUCCCCAUCCAAAUUAAUUUGGUCAUUUGAGAUAUAGUCAUUGUGCACCAGAAGUUUAUCCUUGAAGUCUGUCACCGACUGUGAGGUUUCAGUUCACUCUGGAUAGAAUGCCAGUCGAUUGCAAGACACCAUGUAUUUGGCAAUUUAGAGUCAUCAAUCCACCUAGCAUGUUUUGAGGAAAUAGGAAGAAAACAAGGGUUUUUUGGGGGUUCUUUGGAUAAAUGUUUAAGCAAGAGCAUAAUGGAGCCCAAUAGAGACCCCAGUGUGGAAGAUUUCUACACAGAAACUUUAUUUGUCAACCCAAUAUGUGCAAGAAUUUGAGGUGUGUUGUGAAUACUUGUACUUUCUAAUGGAAUAUCUGAUUUGAUGAAAUAAUACAUUUUUUCAGAUGAUUACGGUUAUAAUAAUUUAGUGUAAUAAUUACUUAGAGUUUACUGAAGUACCAUGUCUUUACAUAAGAGGAGAAAAUUGAUUAGAAUAAGUCUGAACGGUACAGAUUGGUAGUAAAUCUUAGAUUCAGUUUGGAAGAAAUCAGUUAGAGUAACAGUCAUUUCAGGUGGAUGAUUCAUUAACACCGUCAUUCUAAGAUAGCGUUCAAAUACUCAUAAAAGCAACAAAUAUUUUUUUCAUUUUUUGGCUGCAUGGUGGGUUAGUAGAAUGUAAGUAGGACAAGCAAUAUUUUUUCCAUCUUUAAAUAUACAUGUUGGAUGUACAUAGUAAAUCACAUCACUACAAAAAUUCCAAAUUUCACACUUAGCAAUUAGCAAGGUAGCUAGCAAAUCAACCAAAGUACAGGAUUGGCCUGCAGAAUGAGUCUUUUUAGCUUUAGAUAGGAAUCCUCAUAAAUGAUGUUUAGGAUAUGUAUCAAAUCAUAAAUGAUGUUUAGUAAUGAAUUAUUAUUAUUUGUUUUUCAUGUAGAUGCCAUCCCUUUGAAUCUCUCUCAUAUCUAACCUUGCUUUCAGUAAAUCAUUAGGGUCUUUGUGCAUUUUCUUAAUUAGUUAAUGUUAAGACAGCAAAAAAAACCUGAAUUUUCCAAAUAAGAAAAAAACAUACUGUUUUACUAAUACUUCAGAAGUUUUAGUCUAACUUGCAAAAGUUGCAUGAAAUGGACCAAGCACAUCGUUACAUAACCGUUCCAGUCAAAUUUCUAACGAACAAACCUACAUUUUAAAAUCUUCUGGGGAAAAAAAAGAUAGUUUCGGUGUUUAGGUUGAUAUAUCAGUUGUCCCUGUUUUAAGUUUUGUUUUUGUAAAAGAGCACAGUUCCACCAUCGCACCUGAAACCACAAGAGGCCGGUUCCCCUGUUGUGGCUCACUGACCUUUUUAGAAGCAGAAAAACAGGUGGGACCAGUGUGAAAAACAGAGCCCAAACACAUCCCUUAUCAGUCGCAUAUUUAGCUUUGCGAUGUAGAGACAUGGCUAAUGUAACUAGCGUACGAUGGAGAAUUAUGACCACAAAUUAACAUCAUGCAAAAUGCAUGUUCAGAUGAAUAAAUGCCAUCAUCAUAACCCAAUUUCAUACACUUCCUGCAUUACAAUUAUUGAAAAAAAGAGGUGAAUCUUGCUAAAAUUUUGUUUUCUAGCUGACAUUUUGCACAACUUUUUUCCAAAUCAGAUUUCCUUUAGAUAUUUAGUACAUUAAUACAGUUUUGUAGUAAAUGGAAAAUGUGUGAAAAAUUCUCCUUUGAUAUUUUUUUAUUUAAAAGGUAUGCAUGUAUAAUUAAUUUCUAUCGAACGUUUUUGAGUAGCUCAGUGGUUAAGGCUGUGGGUUACUGAUCAGAAGGUCAGGGGUUUAUGGCUGACCCUGAUCCCUGACCCCACCUUCCUAACAUCGCUGCGAUCUAUACGAAGAAAGAAUUUCAAUGUGCUGUAAAGUUCAGGUGUGACAAGCAUAAAUAAUCGAUCUUUUUUUCUUUCUUUUCUGAACUUGAAUUGAAUAAAUAUCUUAUUAUCCAAUUGCUUAAUCCUUCCGAGAUUUUAAGCUUGGGUCAUAGUGGAAUUCUUACCAAACAGUGUUGAUUUCUGUGCCAGGAUGUCCUUUUCGCAAUGGUUUACAGUGACUUUAAUCGUAAAAUUAUUUAAAUGAGAACUUACAGAGAUCUUACUAUUAUAUUAUUAUUAUUACUAAUAGUAGUAGUGGUUGUAGUAGUAGCAGUAGUAGUAGUAAUAUUAGAGAAUGCGUAUAUGUGUGAGUGCGAGAACACAUUCUCAGCUUGUGUUACUGCUGUGAUUUGUGAUGUGUUUUUGGUUUCCUGGUUUUGUUUCCAUUUUAACCCGUUCAGUCAUUUUGCUAUGGUGUUCAUAUGUACUAUGCUUAGAUGUUCAUGUACACAUGUUGUGUGCGGUUUUUUUUUGUGCUUGUGUAGUUCCAAAAAAAAGAUUUGUUUUGACAGUUCAUUCUUCUCUUGCUUUACUUGAAGUGAGCUUCACUGGAAUAAUAAUGUGGCUUAUUGAGUCACCCGUACAGAAUCGUGCAAAACGGAGAAAACAAUAGUGUUGGUGGUUCUCCAGAAAUGGAACUUAAAAAGCAAAGCGAAAGAGUCAUGUGAAACAAGCUUCGAGCUUAAAAUAUCUUUUUUAGUUCAGAGAUGGUUUCUAGUGAUGGGUGAGACACAAGUGAUUCAUCCAAUUGAUAUUGUUCUAUCUGAAGUGUCACUGAAAAUAACAGCAUAAUCGAAUGAAUUGUCGAUCACUCGAAACUAUAGACAGAGAAAAUUCAAAACUGUUGGUGAAACAAGAAGACAGAAACAUCUUCAUGAAUCAGUUCGUCUAGAUGUUUUAAUACUGACCAAAUUAUAUUAUCACUAUUACGGAAUGAGAUCAGAAACUUCUCUAAUCCAUGCUUGUACAGCUGUAGAUGUGGAUUAGGAAAGCACUGGACUGGAUUGCACUCUGUGGUCUGUUUAAGGUUGUAAGAAUAGUGUUUUUGCUCUCUCUCUCUCUCUCUCUCUCUCUCUCUCUCUCUUUUAGAAAAAGAAAGAGUAGGAGGCUAGUAAAUGGAAAAAAAAAUAGGUUGCGGUCAUGUAAAAAUGUAGCUGUGAUAAAACUGACACGUUGAAUACUCAGAAAUGGGAAGAACCAACUUUUUGGCAGUACACCACAAAGAGAGAUGUCUCUAGAUAGACACGCUAGUGAGAUAUCAGGUGCGAAAAUGAGAGAAGAGAGCAAGAGAAUCAAAGAUAGAGGAAGAGAAGCAAGAGCCAUGUAGAGGAAGAGAAAGAGAGACAUGCCUAGAUAGAAAGAAAAAGAGAAGGUUUUUGUGAAAUAUAGUGAAAGACGCUUAAUAGAAGGACAAAAUGAGAUCAAAAGGAAAAUAAAAGGGAAGGAAGAAAGACAAAGUAAGUAAGAGUGAAGUUAGGAAGUCCCUUGUAACUUCCUCUACAGCAGAGAGCGAUUCCGAUUACUACCAUGCUGCCUCACAGUGACACCAUGUGCGAUGACGGCAAGCCAGCAUAAAGACUUUGAAUCCAUCAAGACUGGAAAAAUCGUCCUUUAAAAUAGUCACUGAGAUAUGAGUAUCUUCAAAACAUUCAUCUAUUUCUGACAGGUGACUUAACUCCAGAAAACAGAAUGAAGAGGAAGAUGCUGAUUGGGAAGAUUCUGAUGUUGAUGAUGUCACUCAUAUCUUCAGGCAGUAACAAUCUGGAGUGCUACACUGACGGCAUGGAUGUCAUUACCUGUAUUUGGAAUACUUCGUCAGUAGAAGACAGAUUUCAGAUAAAACCAACCACCAACUGCUCCCUAAAAAGCAUAUACUCUGAAUACGUCAAAUAUCAAACUCCCCAAAGUAAGAUGGAGCCUCUCGGCAGCUCACAGCCUAAAUUGCGUAAAGGAACUGUCAAUUUUGAAAAAAAUUCUUUGCCUCGUGGUUCCCCAACCCUCGAACUAUUUGUGUACUGUGAAAACAUCACAGAACCAGUGGAAACGAUUCCUAACUUUUAUCCACCAAAUUCUGUUAGGGUGUAUCCUCCCAAGAGGCCACAUGUGGAAGGAGCAAAUGUCACCUGGCAGCCUGGCACUCCUCAAUCUAAAUUAGUCUUUAAUCUAAUGUACGAGGUGCAGUGGGGUUUGCUGGAAAACAGCUGGGAGGUAAACAAGGUGGCGUCGACAGAAUUUAAGUACUGUGAGUUACCAGAACAGGAUCUGAUCAAGGGGAGGAACUAUGUGGUCAGGGUCCGGUCUGUUUCAGUCCAGUCCGAUAAGAAUCCAUUAUUUUGGAGUGAGUGGAGUCCAGUCACUCAGUGGACAGCCACUGUGGGUAAACAACCUUCAACUGACCCAAUUUAUAUAAUGCCGGAAGUACUCACUAAUGUAACCAGCAUUGUUAUACUUGCAGCAGUUGCAGUCCUUUUAUUUUCUUUCUUCUACAUCCUAAAAUACAGGAGGAUUAUGAAAUGUCCAUAUGUACCUACCCCUGGGAAAUAUUUUACUGAUCUUUUCUCUGAGCAUGGAGGUGAUUUUAGGUCAUGGCUGGGUCCUAUUGUGAAUCCUGAGAUGUAUAUCAAGGCAGAAUCAGAGUGUGUUGCACCUGUGACACUCUACAAAGCCUGCAACUCUGAUAUAUUUUCUAAAAAGAUGGAAAAAGAUGUCAGCAUGACUGAUGGCAAUACCUCCAGUUUCUCCAACUCAACCUAUUUCCUGACCAAGAUCUCAAAAGGUGCCGUGGUUGAUCAGCUAGAACCAUGUUCGACAGACUGUCCCUAUGGCCCAACAGGAGGGGGCAGUGUGCAAGAGAAAAUUCUGCCACCCACUCAUGAUAAUUGCCCUGAUAGUGAAUUGAGCGAGGUCAGCAUGAGCUCUCCUUUGGAAACGUCAUCCUCCUACAAACAACUGCAAAAGCUGCGCCUGGACAUUCAAAGCCCCGACUCAGGGUUUGCUGGCAGUUCUGAAGAACAAGAAAGCCAGGAGGAGUCUGGAAGUGAAGGACUUCCCAGUCCACCCGUGGUGGACAACACUUUGCCCAUCAGCUGUUUCUUACCAUGCCCAGUACCCCAGAUGAAAAGACCCACUCAAAUGGGAAUCCCAUUUGGACUGGAAUGGAAUCCAUGGAAUAACUCAAACUUUGUAAACCUGCAUUCUAACUUCUCCAGCAACAUUCUGAUAGGAAAUUCUGGCAUCAUAGCUGGUUCAGGGAUACUAGAGCCCUCUAGUGAUGAUUAUAUGCCUGUUAAAAAGGUUUAAGAAUGAUCAUGUGGUGCCAGUAUAGGUAAAGCUUAACUGUGUUUAUUUCAAGUUUACAGAUUUGUAUAAUUCUGAAGGAAAAUUACAUUCCUAUUAUCCGAGGAAUAGUUUGGUGAAAUAUUUAAUUCACCCAACUUAUAUAACUUGCAGUUUUAGGCUGGCCUUAUAUUGUGUGGUGGACUGGGCCUGGGAAAACUUGUUGUGGGAAUGUAGUAAAUGUUGUUUAUGCCUAACAAGUGUUGAGGUACACACAGUCAGCCUGCUUCAAAUGUCUAAAACCUUGCUGGCAAAGUGUGUCUUUCUCAUGCAAUGGGGCUGUUGUUGACUAGAUAUGUGCCUUAGCAAAAUUGACAGUAAUAUUUGCAAUGCACAAACAAAUCAUCAACAAAACAGGGAAAAGCACUAAAUGUAGAUAAAUGUAGAAGCAGGUGAGGCAUCUUUUAUGGGCAUCAAAAUAUGACAAUGUGUUUCACACAAAAGUUUCACACAAAAGAUUGCAGUAAGUCAAACUAUGUCCUAAACCACAUAGUUUGACAUUGCUGAAGAACUAUUUGCAGGUUGACACGUUCAUUUUAGGGUGAGAAAGUUAUCCAUUAUGUAUUAGCUAUAUUAGCAUAGUCACUCCAGUAUAAAACUAGAGCUGCAAAUAUCAGACAACAAACAUGUCUUGGCUUGUUUGCUACUUGUUUACCAUAGCUACCAGUUAGCAGAAUUUAAGGGCUUAAUUUGGUCAGGUAGAUAAUUGAUCGGUUAUGUUUUUGCCUAUGUAAAAUAAGCCCUUAUUUAUCAGCAGCAACAGUUUACUAUUACAGUUUGUACUUUUGUUGUAAGCUGUUUGCAUUGGUGGAAAUCACACUAUCCACUAUUUUCACCGUUAUUAUAUAUUUUCUUGCUAUAGAUAUUAUUCUGUUUGCCUGAAAUUAGGGAUUUAGCAGUAUAUCUUAAGUUAUUUAAUCUUAUUUCUUAUUAAAAAAGAAUUCCUGUGUAAAAUACCAAUUCUGGUACAACUGGCACUGGUAUUGUUUAUGCCUAUGUACAAAAGUUUGUUUAAUAAUCAUGUAUUCAGAGGAAGCUAAACACCGACAGCCUUAAUGUUUAAUGGAGAGUCAGAAGCAUCACUGCCUCUGUACAGUUUUUUAGUCUGUGUGUCCUUGAGUUUAAGUAUUUGAAAUCUUUUAUUGGAAUGUUUGACUUUUUUUUUUUUAUAUAACUAAACAUUUAUACUACCUGGUCAUAUUGUGUAAUGUGUGUACACGCCUUUAUGUUUUUGCGCUGUGCUGCUAGGAAAGAUAUGAAAACAAUACUAUAGAAGCAGGAGAGUGUGAAAUUUGCAUAGUUAAUCAAGAUUAAGUAUUGUUCUCAUGUGAGACACAGAAAUAAAGACAAAAUGAGAAAGUUUACUUUCACAAA